AUGCAAGUUCUCUGUGACGCUGGAGUGUGGUGGUGCAAGUUCUAUGAUGCCGGAGUGUGGUGGUGCAAGUUCUGUGAAGCUGGAGUGUGGUGGUGCAAGUUCUGUGAUGCCGGAGUGUGGUGGUGCAAGUUCUCUGUGACGCUGGAGUGUGGUGGUGCAAGUUCUAUGAUGCCGGAGUGUGGUGGUGCAAGUUCUGUGACGCUGGAGUGUGGUGGUGCAAGUUCUAUGAUGCCGGAGUGUGGUGGUGCAAGUUCUGUGACGCUGGAGUGUGGUGGUGCAAGUUCUAUGAUGCCGGAGUGUGGUGGUGCAAGUUCUCUGUGA